GUUCUCUAGAAAAGGAUCACAAUUCUUUAGAUCUACCAUGCAUGUGUGUUCUCCUGUUCAUCAUCCUUUGAUAAAAAAAAUAUUAUGUAUGUGGAUAAACAAAAACGAAUAGAUUUGGUCAAAGUCUUGAAAUAAGUAAUAGUAAUGUUAUAGUGGUAAAAGGCGACUAAUUAAAUACGUUUAGUCGUUGACAUUAUUACCAUGAUUGCCAUAUUAAUUUUUCGUUAUUAUAACAACAUCUUAGCCAAGAUUGAAUACUAGUUUUUAUUUGGGUAAUUUAUGUUAAAUUAUAAUGUUGAGGGACCCGUCUACACAUUAGAAACAGAACGAGGGCUGUUUAAGAAUUUGUUAAAGUUAUGGUCUUAUUCCAACCCGGUUUAAGGAUCCGAAUAGUGAAAUCGGGUUUACUAAUCUCAAAAUCUCUGGUUUUGCUGACAAAGGGAUCGUCGUCAUCAUCAGGAGCCACAGCAGAAGAUGAAGAAGUGAGAAGGCCUCACAUCGUCCUUCAAGACAUUUGGUCUACCGUUGAUAAGUGGAGCUCCUUUGGUCGUAAAGUUUCUCUUUCCGUGGAAGGCUUCGACGAGAAGGUUAACCAUCACUUUGUUCCUUCACUCUCUGCCAUUCAGAUCUUCACCCUCAAACCCUUCACUGAUGAUGAUCCAAGGAGCUCUGCCACUGGAAUAGAUGAUGGUACAGAGUCAGGAUCUGCUGAACCUGACUCUUCUGACAAACGGAUUGUGAAUGCUGAUCACUUGGGCUACCUUUAUUUUCAAUAUAAUGAGACAGAUAAGCCGUUCAAAAGACAACCUCUUACUCCCAUGAUCAAUGAACUAGCUACGAAGCACCCUGGAUUGACUACUCUGUCGAGUUCAGAGCUUUCUCCAUAUAGCUGGAUUUCGAUUGCUUGGUAUCCCAUUUAUCCAAUUCCACCAAAUGACAACGAGGAUAUGUCUACCGCUUUCCUAACGUACCAUUCACUGAUGCCAAACUUUCCAGAAACAAAUGGUAAAGAUGUUAAGGGGGAAGAAAAAGGAGCGUCAGGUGCAACAAAAGUUGAACUUCCUCCAUUUGCUGCAGUGACUUACAAGGCCUUUGGUAAUGUGUGGAUCAUGCCUGGGACAUCAGACAAACAGAAGAUAGAGAUGCUUGAGAAGUCUGCUUCCUCAUGGCUGAAAUCACUCGGCUUCUUUCACAAUGACUUCAACUUCUUUAUGUCCCGGAAGUUUUGUGGAGUGCCCAAAUGAUGUGGUCGUGCUGGUGAAAUGUUAAGGACAGCAAUGGGAUCUUGUCGUCAUAUGAAAACAUUCUGCUGGUAAAGAAGUCUAUCUUUCUCUCUCUCUCCCUCUCAGACUCUUUCUCAAACUCUUUCUCAGACUCUUUCUCAAACUCUUUCUCAAACUCUUUCUCAGACAUUGAUGUUAUGUUUUUGCUCCUGCUGUUAUUUACUUUGAGGAUUUUUUUUUUUUUCAAGUGGAUAUUACUAGCUAAUAUUUGGGGUCUAUUUGAUAAGAUUUUCAUA